UCCUUCAAUGUUUUGUUUUGACAGUUUUCACACUAGCAUGCAAUCUUUUCGUCUUUUGAGUUAGUUAAUUUUCUCACGUAAUUCCUGUUUUAAACUUCUAAAUUAUAAAACCUUAAAUCUUUGGAUUGAAUUAAAAAAAUCUACAGUCUUACGAAAUUCAAACAAAAUGUCUGUUGCAGAGUUUCUAAAAGGGUUACCUUCUUAUAAUGAAGACAAUUUUUCAAAAUUUCACGCAGAUAGCAACGCAAGAGUUUCAUUAAAAAAGCCAUCCGUCUACAUUCCCACAAAAGAUUUUCCAUCGGAGCAAGUAAUAGUGACAGAGAAAACCAGCAUACUCUUAAGGUACCUACAUCAACAUUGGGAUAAAAAGAAGAAAAGAGAUCACAUAUCUCUCGAUAAUGCAGACGAUUGCAAUCAGUCACGGAAAAGGCCUAGAAUUGACUGUGUCGGUACACCGUAAGCAUUUGGUUUUUCAAUAGAAGUAUUUAUUUUCUUUGUAAGAUUUUUAUUUAAUUCUGUAUUUCAUUGUUAAGUGUUGAAUAAGUUUUCUCGCAUAAAUUAGUUUAUCCCUAGCUCGUAAGGUUUUGUAAAGUAUCUACCAAUAAUGAGGUAGGUAACUUAUCCUACUUUGGUAAUUAUUACUUCCUGGGAAAAUUUGGUAUUCGAUCAAAACAUUGUUCUAGAGGUAGGUGCCAAACGGAUAGUCACUCAUCAAAACUGAAGACGCAUUUAAAAUUAAAUUUGUGUAGCUAAGCUACGAUGCUAUUUCAAAUCAUGUUCAAAUACCUUGUCGAUUUAAAGUAGUUAGGUUAUAUGUCGAACAUGUUUACCUAAAAGAGUACCGACGUAUAUCUUAUAGGAUAUCGUAAGAUUUUAUAAACAAUUAAUGUUAAAAUUUGAUGUACAUGUCUUAAAGUAAUGUUAUGUAAUGUUUAGAGGAAUCGACUCAAAUAUAAUAUGUUUUACAAUC